UUUUUCUGGUUGGAAUUAGACCCUCAAACCAUCCAAUCAGAGCCCUCCAUUUGGAUCACCUGUCCCAAGAACCCCCCAUUCAAUAAGACUCAAAUUUCAUUGCAUUCUUCUCUCAUUUUGGAAACUUGGGUUCUUCAUUUUCAAAGAGAUUCAACUAGGGGUAGAGGAUUUGGAUGGUCUGUGGUGGAGGUUUGGAUGAACUGGGUGGACCCCACUUCAUCUUCAUCUAAAUCUUCAUCAUCAUCUUUUCCAAUCUCUCUCCUUCCCAACACCCAGGAUUCCUUUACCCAGAAUUUCCUUUUUUUAAGAGAACAAUUCGAUUUGAUUGCUGCCCACCCACAUCCUCUGAUUGUCCAAUAUCUGCUACUCCUGUUGAGUGUUGGUGUUUUUCAAGACAUGGGUCCUGAAUUUUCAUCCAUUUCAAUCCUAUCCCAUGAGAUUUUUUCAUUUGCUAGAAACCCAUGACAGAUCUGGAAUGUUCAUCACAGAAAAACCCAUUUCCCCGGCCAGCCUGCUGCUCUGAUUGACAGCCUGUCUUGUCUGUCUGCACAAGGCCCGGCACUGGCCAACAUAGAUCCAACGGUAUCUAGACUCCAACGGUGCAAAAGAAGUAUUGGGUUUUUUAAUUCAAUUCUCACUAAUCAUAAGCCCCCAACUUCUGGAGUGGAUUGUCUACAGCUGCCACUGACGAGGCCCAUUGAUACGUUGGUGGGCUUCGUCCAAGAAAAAAAAAUUAAAAAAUUAAAAAUUCAUAUAUUCGACGGUAUCUUCCAUUCUCAGAUCCGCUAUUUUUCUUUAAUUGGGGGAUUUUUCUUUUCCCACUAUCGCUUUUAAGCAAUUGGGUCCUUCAUAUAUCUUCUCUAGAAUCCGUCCAUCUUAGAAUCUCCCUACCUAUCCGAUGCUUUUCUUCGUGUUAUCUUCCCUCUCCUUCCUCAUCCUUCUCUCCAAGUCUCUCUCUCCGAAGCCCCUACCGUCAUGGGUGCAUGAGGUGAGGUUGUUGUUGAGCUUGUUCUGGCGAGAGCUAGCAUGCUUGCUUGUUUUCGGCGAUAGUGUCGCUAGAACUUCCACAGAGAUGUCUUCAAAGAAGAGGAGUCUUGUGAAGGUGGAGAAUGUGGAAGAGUCUGAUGAAUUGUCGAUAUUGGAUUUGCCUGAAUUGGCGUUGGAAUGCAUUCUAGGGAAGCUCCCGCCGAGUGGGCUCUGCAGCAUGGCGGGUGUUUGUAGCUCCUUGAGGGAGAGGUGUAGGAGCAAUUACCUCUGGGAGAGACACAUGAAGAAGAAGUGGGGCCAGGUGAUUGGCCGAGCUGCUUAUAGGGAAUGGCAGUGGUUCAUCGCGUCGAGGGGGGAAUUGGGUGUCUUGGACGGCGGGAAGUCGAAAGGGUGGCUUGGGUCUUUCUCUUGUAUGUGGCCAAUUUCGUGGCUGAGGUCUAAGAUCAAUGGUGUUAGCAAGCCGACGAGCUCUUUCCCCGUUGAUUCGAUCAUGUCCUGGUACUUGUCGCUCGAGAGCGGGAAGUUCUGGUUCCCUGCUCAGGUCUACAAUCGCGAGCAUGGGCAUGUUGGAUUUAUGCUGUCGUGUUAUGAUGCUGAACUUAGCUACGAUUGCCGCACAGAUACCUUUCAUGCAAGGUACCCACCACAUGGACGGCGGACGAUGGUGAUAGAGGAAGGGGUGCAGUGGGAGAGAAUAAGACCACCGCCGGUUGACACGCCCGCACACAAUCUUCACAUCUCUGACUGUCUGAGCGAUUUACGCCCCGGUGAUCAUAUUGAGAUUCAAUGGAGAAGAAACAAAGAAUUUCCUUAUGGUUGGUGGUAUGGGGUGGUUGGUCACUUGGAGUCAUGCGAUGGAAAUGAACAUCUCUGCCGAUGUCAUAACAGCGAUACUGUGAUGUUGGAAUUCAACCAGUACACACAUGGAUCGCGGUGGAGAAGAACGGCCAUAAAUAGGAAGGAUCAUCGGGAAGAAGGGAACGAAUCUGUUGGUUUUUAUGCUGGCAUUAGGAAACUUCAGAGCAAGGAGGAGAUCUCCAUGUGGAAGCGGCUAUGGCCAAAGGAAGUAUUGGAAUAGGCUUUUUUGAAGUCUUGCUGCUGUGAAUCUUCUCUAAGCCUGUACCGUUGGGCGUUCCACAGUUAAAUCAAACACUAGAGCUAUCCGAUUGCAGCUGCUAUAUCAACCACAUACCAAUGAAUUGUGCAUUAGUAUUUAGAGCAAUAGAAUGAUUUAGGAGACCUAAAUAUGCCUCGAUUUUAGUUGGGUCGAUAUGGAGGUCAUGUAUUUCUUCACGGCCAGUCUGUUUGAUUUUAUUUCGACCCAUGAAAAAUCCCCACUUUUAGUUUUUUGGAAUAAAUUCAAAUCCAAUGUAACAUAUUACAAUGUAACCAAGCUUCAAGGAACAAGAUUAUCUUUGCUUGUUACA